CGUUUCCAGCUCCCGGGCCACGAAGCGGCCGCGUUACGCAGCAUGACCCGUCUCCGAGCCGAAGAACGUUUCUGCGACGUCACCAUCGUGGCCCGAAGCCUCCGAUUCCGCGGCCACCGCGUCAUCCUGGCCGCCUGCUCCCCAUUCCUCAGGGAUCAAUUCCUCCUCAACCCCGCAGCCGAGCUCCGCGUCUCUUUAGCUCACAGCGCCCGAGUCUUGGCCGAUCUAUUGCUUUCGUGUUAUACGGGAGCGUUAGAGUUCGCCGGACGAGAUUUAGUUAAUUACUUAACGGCGGCGAGUUAUUUACAGAUGGAACACGUGGUGGAGAGGUGUAGGGGGGCGUUAGCUCGAUUUAUCCAACCCCCACCCGAGCCUCCCCCUCCCCCUAAACGCGAGGACGAAGAUGAGGAUGAAGAGGAAGAAGAAGAAGCGGCUCCUGAUGUUUGUAUAGUCAAAGUGGAGCCCGGCACCGUGAGGAGGAGGAGGAGGGAGGACGCCAUGACGGCAACGACGACGGCGACGAGUACAGAGGAAUCAAUGCGUCUGCCCCCUAUAGGGGUGGUAAAGGCUCGAUAUAGUUUAUCUGAGGAUACAGAAGGGGAAGGGUUGCUUAUCUUCCCCGGGCCUGGAGGAGGUGGGAUGGAUGAUAGCGGAGCAACUCCGGGUCCUUCAUCAUGGGCCGUAUCCGUCCCGGCUCCAUCAUCAUCAUCAUCAUCCUCCUCAUCGUGUGCCCCAGCUCGAUGUGGGAAAUGUGGGGAGGGUUUUCAAGGGGUAGAAAAGUUGGUUUUUCAUAUGAGAGCUCAACAUUUCGUCUUCAUGUGCCCACGAUGCGGGAAGCAAUUCAACCACAGCAGCAACUUAAACCGGCACAUGAACGUCCAUCGAGGCGUCAAAUCUCACGGCUGCGGGAUCUGCGGGAAGAGCUUCACCCAAAAAUCAACCCUCCACGACCAUAUGAAUCUCCAUAGCGGGGAGAGACCCUAUAGAUGUUCCUAUUGCGACGUACGUUUCGCCCAUAAACCGGCCAUUAGGAGGCAUUUGAAAGAGCAACACGGGAAGACGACGGCGGAGAACGUGCAGGAAGCCAAUGGGACCGAGAUCAACGUGGCCGUGCGCUGAGCCCGGCUCCGGGCGCCACUUGUGGGGCUGAACGCCGGACCCACGGCGCCCGUGGAGUGUAAUGGGGACGCUGGGGGCUGGGCUGAGGGGGUCGUUAUCAGAUAAGGGGGCGUUGUUAUGAGCUGAGGGGUCGUUAUGAGAUAAGGGGUCGUUAGGAGCUCAUUGAUUAGGAGCUCGUUAAUUGGGAGCUGAGGGGUUGUCAGAUAAGGGGUUGUUAUCAGAUAAAGGGUCGUUAGGAGCUGAUUGAUUGGGAGCUGAGGGGUCGUUAUCAGAUAAGGGGUCGUUAGGAGCUCAUUAAUUGGGAGCUGAGGGGUCGUUAUGAGAUAAGGGGUCAUUAGGAGCUGAUUGAUUAGGAGCUGAGGGGUCAUUAUGAGACGUUAGGUCAUUGUUAUGACCUGAGGGGUCGUUAGGAGCUGAUUGAGAUCUGAUAAUUGGGGGCUGAGGGGUCCUUGUUAUGAGAUAUGGGGUCAUCGGGAGCUCAGGGGUCGUUAGGAGAUAAUUGGGAGUUAAUUGGGGUCUGAGGGGAUAUUGUUAUGAGAUAUGGGGUCGUUAUGAGCUAAUUGGGAGCUAAUUGGGGGCUGAGGGGAUAUUGUUAUGAGAUAUGGGGUCGUAAUGAGCUAAUUGGGAGAUGAGGGGUCGUUAUGAGCUAAUUGGGAGCUGAUUGGGGUCUGAGGGGAUAUUGUAAUGAGAUAUGGGGUCAUUAUGAGCUAAUUGGGAGCUGAGGGGUCGUUAUGAGUUAAUUGGGAGCUGAUUGGGGGCUGAGGGGAUAUUGUUAUGAGAUAUGGGGUCUUUGGCGACCUUCGGAAUUGGAUUUGACCACCCAAAAUGGCGACAUUUAGCCCCAAAAUGGCGACCUUCGGCAUUGAGUUUGGCCACCCAAAAUGGCGACCUUCGGCAUUGGAUUUGGCCACCCAAAAC